UUGCUGCCGCACGCUGGGGCACAUGCUGGGUGCAGGGAGCUCCCCUCCGCGCGCCGUGGGUCGAUGGAUGGGUUUUGGUGCCUGAUGCUCGCCUUCGUCCUUCAGCAAGCAACGCGCAGCACCUGCGGCACGGAGGUGAUCGGCGCCGUGGGCAGCUCCAUCACCUUCCACCUCCAGAGCCCCGCGGGGGAAGCUGCAGCCUGGAGCUUCCACGGCGACGUGGUGGUGACCGUGCGCUUCGGGGACCCUCCGCACGCCACCUUCUUCGACGACAGCUUCAAGCCCCGCUUGGCCUUCCCCGGCAACGGCAGCGCGCUCAGCAUCUCCCAGCUGAGCCUGGAGGACGCGGGCACCUACACGGCGAAGAGCGCGGGCGCCAAAACCACCUUCACUUUGCGUGUUUACGGGGUGCUGGAAGCGCCCACGGUGACGUGCACCGGGCAGAACUGCUCCGCCGGUGUCUGCCGCUAUGCCCUGCUCUGCGCCGCGACCGGCGUCGGCGCUGGCGACGUCUCCUACACCUGGAGCAUGGGGAGCACGUGGAGCGCCGGGGCCGCGGUGCUGGUGGAGGAAUCCCCCGUCGAGGAACCGCUCCUGACGUGCACGGCUCAAAACCCCGUCAGCAGCCGCAACAUCACCGUCGGCUCGCCCGCGGCCCUCUGCGCAGGCACCCGCUCCAGCAGGAGGGCUGCGAUUGCGGCCGCAGCGGUGGUCGGAUCCGGAGCGCUUUUAGCAUCCGUUAUCCUCGUGCUCUGCUGUAAACCCAAAGGCUGGAGGAUCUUCCAUCUGCCUGCAGAUGAGGCUGUGAACACAGAGGCCAGAGCAGAGUACACCACGGUGUAUGCCCAGGUCGGCCCCUUCCAGCAGGUCUACCUGCAAGAGGGCUCCACGACGACACCGACCCCCGGCGCUGAGACCUCCAAACCCACCCCUCGCACGGCGCCGGCUACAGCCCAGACGGAUGAUGAGAAGAUGGGUAAGGGCCUGCCAGGCUGCUGGGGGCAGGAGGAGAAAACCCUCUACGCGUUGGUCAGCUAGUGAGAGCAAUACUCCAGUUUGCUCUGAGUGCGGCGCUCCCCCCAUUGCUACCCUCUCUGGAGGGGAGAAGGAUCAUGG